GCUGCAGCGGCUUCAGUCAAAUGCGAACUGCACCGAGAUGGCAGACAAAGUCCACUGCAGUUGGCCCCUGCUGCUCUUGCUGCUGACGCUGACGCUGGCCCUGGGCCGAGUCCGGCCAGAGAAUAUCGACGAUACGACGGCCAGUGAGGAUAUAGAUGACGAUGAAGCCACCAGUCCCAGUCCAUCCAUACCGGAGACCACCGAUCGCCUGCUCACUGGCGAUCUGCGGAAGGCGGCCCGCGUGGAGCAGUUGCCGCCUCCGGGCAGUGGUUCGGCGUCCAAGCAGGAGUACGAUGUGAUUGAUGUGCUGGCUGCCACCAAUGCGGUGGUGGGCAAGCCCAAGAGCGGCCAGACGACGCGCAUCUAUACCACGGGCGAGGUGGAUGACAACUUCUGGAUGAAGCACCUUGGGGAUGACUUUAAGCAUGCCAUUCACCUGCAGGUGGGCGGCACCAAUGAGGAGUACAAUCGUUUGAUCAAUCAGACACAGAAUGGCAUUCACGAGGAGGUGCAUCAUGAGUAUCUGCCGGGGGCAGAGAGGCCUGAAUCCAUGCAGCACCAGCAGCAGCAGCAGCAGCAGCAGCAGCAGCAGCAGCAACCUAGAGCUCGCUAUAUGCCACGGAACUCCCCCAGACAGCGGCAGCGACAGCAUCAGCAGCAGCAGCAGGGUCUCGAGGGUGAAGCCUUGGCCAUGAAGCAGCGAUAUCUGAUCCAGCAGCAGCAGCAGCAGCAGCAGAGAUAUGGUUACACACAGCAACAUGCACAACACUACACACCCCGAGCACACACACAGUUACACCAGCAGCCACACACACACACACACCAACAACAGCCACGCACACACAGAUAUCAAAGACCACACUCACGCAAGACCCAGCAGCAACAGCAGCAACAGCAGCAGCAGCAGCAACAGCAGCAGCAGCAACAGCAGCAACAGCAGCAGCAACAGCAGCAACAAGUGCACUACAUCAACCAUCGCCCUCCCAUUCGCACCAUUAUCAACUCCAGCGAGGAUCAGCUGCAUGCGGCCCAAUCGAGUCCGGGGGGAGCAGCCACAGCAGCGGCCGCCAUUCAAGCGGCUGGUGGCACCGAGCGAUCCCCCGACGAGGAUGAGUCGGAAACUUUUGGCAGCCAACUGCCAUUCAAGUCGCCCUUCAACGACUACGGCAGUCGACCCACACGCGAUCUCACCUAUCUCCUGUACAGGCGGGGACUCUAGGAGUAGUUUAGACUUAAGGCCUGGGCCUGCAAUUGGCUCAGCCAAAACCACACAUUACAUACAGAAAAGAAAUAUUAAGGGGAAAGUACAAAAUAAAAUGAGAUAAACCACAGCCAA